AGAGAAGUGAAGGGUGUGGAAUCUUCUGAUCUCUGAAUCUGAAGAACUUGUUUUAAUAGAGAACGGAAAGCAAGUCUGCAAUUCCCUGUCGAAGCUGCCAUUUUCGAGACCUUGUGAGCUCUUUCUUUUGCUUCUUCCAUCCACGUCCAUUCAGGAUUUAUCCCUUCACGGGUGGAUAAAUUAGCUAACAAAAACAAUAUCAUUAUCUUGAGAAGGUAAAGUCAACAAACCAAGGUCUAGUUCAGGUUGAAGCAGAAAUUGCUAACCAUGAUUGCAGCAAUUGGUUCGGUGCUGUUGGCUGCAGCAAUUGCUUCAGUGCUGUUGGCUGUAGCAAUUUUUAGAGCUAUUAGAACAUCUCCUCGUUGUAAAGAUGAUGUUGAUUCUACUUCCACGGCUUCUUCUUCUCAUGUUGACACUGCUCCUCCUGCAACCAAGUACGAUGUAUUUCUUAGCUUUAGAGGGGAAGACGCUCGUGACAAUUUCACUGGUCAUCUUCGUGAAGCACUUCGCAAGGCAAACAUUCGAACUUUUAUGGAUGACAAGCUCCCCAAAGGAGAUAAUAUCUCACGAAUUCUUUUGAGAACAAUUGAGGAAUCAGAGAUCUCUCUGAUUAUAUUCUCUGAAAAUUAUGCUUCUUCGACAUGGUGUAUGGAUGAACUCAUUCACAUCAUGGAAUGCAACCAUACAUAUGGAAGGAUUGUCAUUCCUAUUUUCUAUAAUGUAGAUCCAGCAGAUAUUCGUAAACAAAAUGGGCGUUUUGGAAAUGGAUUUGCUAAGUUGGAGCGAAGUUUUAAACGCAACAAAGUGACAAAGUGGAGAAAUGCUUUGGUCCAAUCAACAAGUCUCUCUGGAUGGGAUUCCAAGAGUGUUAGGCCUGAAUCUGAACUUGUUAAAAAGAUUGUUGAAGACGUUUUGAGAAAAUUGAAUCGGAAGUCAUUCGUGCAUGUUAAAGGAUUAGUUGGGAUCGAUCAUCAGAUGAGGAAAAUUGUAGGGCUACUAUGUGAGUUUCGCCUUGUGGGAAUAUGGGGCAUGGGUGGUAUUGGCAAGACCACUCUUGCCAAAGUUGUGUUUGCCUAUUUGAAAGCACAAUUUGAAGCUUUCUGUUUUGUUGAAAAUGUUAGAGAAGAACUAGCAAGAAUUGGAUUGGAUGAAUUGCAGGGAAAAUGCCUUAAAGAAUUACUGAAAGAUGAGGAUAUCAACAUUUACAAUAUGAAAUCAGAUUUUGUGAAAAGUAGGCUCCAGCAGAAAAAAAUUCUUCUGAUCCUUGAUGAUGUGGACAAGUUCAUCGCAGUUGAAGAUUUGAUCAGAGUAUGUGAAUCAUUUGGGGAAGGAAGCAGAAUUAUGAUCACAUCAAGAGAUGAGCAAGUGCUGAAGAAUGCUUGUGCAACAACAUAUUCAGUUUCAAAAUUGGAUUCCAAGGAUGCCCUUGAUCUCUUUAGUUUGAAAGCUUUCAAGCAAAAGGAUGAGCCAUCUAAAUGCCAUAUGAGGUUGGCAAAUUGUGCAGUGGAUUAUUGUGCAGGAAAUCCCUUAGCCCUCACAGUGUUGGGUUGUUAUUUUCAUGGUAGAGGAAAACAAGAAUGGGAAAGUGCAUUGGAUAAACUAAAUCAAACUCCUCACAAUGACAUUGUUAACGUGCUGAAAUUGAGUUUUGAUGGACUUGAUGAUGAGGAACAGAAAGAAGUGUUUCUUGAUAUAGCAUUUUUAAUCAAGAAACAACAUGAUUGUUCUUUGAACACAAUAAGACAAAUACAUGGCUCUUCUGCAGAUAUUGACACAAUUGUUCUUAGAGAGAGAUCCCUCAUUUCAUUUCAUGAUAAUUAUGACUAUAUUGAGAUGCAUGAUCUUGUGAGGGAAAUGGGCCUUCAAAUUGCAAGGCAACGGUCAUUCUCUGAUCCUAAACAUCCUGUUCGACUUUGGAGGCCCAAGGACAUUGAUGAUUAUUUUUUUAUGAGUAACAAGGGGGCGGAGGCAAUUCGAUGCUUGUCGGUGGAUAUGAGCAAGAUAAAAGAAAGGACAUGGAGGUCUAUUAAAUUUCAAAAGAUGUAUAAUUUAAUAUGCCUGAAUGUUUACAAGUCUGAUUGGUGGAAGCCUUUAGAGUUUAAUAUUGGGAAAGAUGUGGAUUAUCUUUCGGAGGAACUAAGGUUUCUUAAUUGGGAAGGAUGUCCUCUAUCAUAUGUGCCAUUAAAACCGUGUUCACAGAAUCUUGUUAAAUUUCGAAUGCCUUAUAGUCAUAUUCAACAACUUUGGGAAGGAGAUAUGCAUUUUCCAAAUUUAAAGGUGAUCGAUGUAAUUGGCUCGAGAUGUCUCACAACACUCCCAGAUCUGUCUCAGGCCCCAAAUCUUGAAGAGUUAGAAGCUAUGGGUUGUGUAAGUUUGGAUCAAAUCCAUUCUUCAACUUUCAUGCCCAAGCUUAAUGAAUUAAGCCUAUUUUGGAGUGGGGCAAAGCAGAUAAAGAUGGGUGGCACUAUGAAAGGGAGAAGUGUGGGGAUGGUUUUUAUCUUCAAUUAUUUGGAUCUUCACAAGUUGGCAUUCAAUAAAGUGAGGACGAAGGUGUUGGCAUGUGACGAGGGUAGGAUUAUGUGGGGUUUUGAACAUAAGCACGUGCACAUGCCAUUGGAGAAUAGGGAAAUGGCAGAGCUAAAAAUAGGAGCACAGAGGUUGGCGUGUUUACUUCCAUUUGUUAGGACAGUUAGUUGGUCAAAGGGUCCAACAGAGUUUGGGGAUUUCAACCAUCAUUAUACCUCUCACUUCUCUCUUGAGAAAAGGUUACGCGAUGAUGAUUCAAAACUAGAAGUAACGGUAAGGAGACGUAGUGGAGAAAGCGAAGACGAGCGGUGGCCUGACUCAUUAGUAAAUGUGGAGGUAAGGAGACGUGGUGGAGAAAGCAAAGAUGGGGGUCCAUGGGGAAGAGAGGUGGGUAAUGAUGAUAAUCAUAAGGGAGUUGAGCAAGAGGAAGUGUUGAUGUCACAAACAAAUGACACUGAUGAUGAUAUGCCACUGUUCACACUUCCCAAUGCCAUUACUCGUUGGUCACUAUUGACACAAUUGAUGUUAAAGGAGAGUGAAGUUAUUGGCAAAGCAGGAGACAGCAGCAUUCCUCAAGUUUCAAUUUUGAGAUCACUUGCGCACUCUCACUCAUAAAACGACUCCGCCUCUCAUGGAUCUAUCACUCCUUCUUGACAUUCCGCCACCCGCUGAUUUUCUUUGUUGUCGUGAUUUAAGCUUCUUUUAUUCCUUGCCCUGGGAUGAAGAAUGUGAGAGUGAAGAAUUUGAGAGUGAAGAAUUUGAGAGUGAUCAGUUGAGCUGUUUUUUAAAUUACUGGGCUAAGGAUUUUACUUUUACUCUUUUCUAUUAAAUUAAAUAGUAUCAUCAUCACUCCAAUUUUAUUGCAAGGUGGUGUUCACUUUAAUCAA